AUGAGGGGGUUAUGGUUAAUAAACAAAAAAAGUGAUGUAGUUGUUAUUGACACACCUGGUAUUAAUGAUACUAAUAAUUUUGAUAAUAAACAUAUUCAGAAUAUUGUUAAUUGUGUUAGAGCUGAGGGGUUACAAGGAAUUAUAUUAACAAUAGAAUUUACUAAUUGUAAAUUUACUGAUAAUAUUAAACAAGUUAUUAAAAUUAUAAAUAAUGUUUUGAAAAUAAAAGACAUUUGGAAAUAUGUUUGUAUUGUUUGGACUAAAUGUUAUAAUUCUCUUUCACCAAAGAAAAUUGAAAAAGAUAGAAUUAACAAAGAACAAUUCAAAGAAAACAUAAUUUCAUUUAUAAACCAAAUAAAUAAAACAAAUGAAAAUAUUGAUAUUCCAAUGUAUUAUGUAGAUUCACAACCAGAUGAAGACUAUGAUAACAGAAUAUCAGAAAAAGAAAUAGAAAGAUUAAUUGAAUGUGGAAGAGAAUUAGAAUUAAUUGAUGAAGAAGAAAUUAAGAAAUUAAUCAGUGAAUAUAAAGAAAUUCGAUAUGAAGAAAAAAAGAAAAAGGUAAAAUAA